ACAAUGUUUUAAUUGCUAUCACAACAUCAUUCGGAUCAGAACUGAGUGGUAGCACAGCAAAAAACAUGAAAUUGAUCAUCGUUCUCUCUGUCGUGGCUUGGGCUAGCUGCGAUAAGCUAGACAGGACCUACCUCCCCCCCAACGCUCAGUCUUCAUCUGGAUCCAACUUCCUUCAAGCCCCUGAUACCCGGGGCAAUGGACAAGGCAACGCUUUCAACGGAAACGGUUUUAGCCAGAACGGAAACGGGAUCAAUCAGAACGGAAACGACUUCAGCCAGAACGGAAACGACUUCAACCAGAUCGGAAACGACUUCAACCAGAUCGGAAACGAUUUCAAUCAGAACGGAAAUGACUUCGGCCGCCCUGAGAGAACUCAAGCCGCUUUCGAAAGGAACGCUGCUAUCCUUCGCCAGGAUUCCCAGAAUGAUGGAGAAACUUAUUCCUAUGCUUAUGAAACUGAAAAUGGCAUUUACGCUGAGGAGAGCGGUGUGGCUACUAAUGGAGUUGAGGCUCAGGGCAGCUAUUCUUACACUGGUGAUGAUGGGCAGGUGUACACUGUCAGGUACACGGCUGACCAGAAUGGAUUUGUGCCAGUUGGUGACCACCUCCCCACCCCUCCCCCCGUGCCGGAAGAGAUCCUGAAGGCUCUGGAGCAGAACGCGCGUGAUGAGGCUGCUGGCAUUUAUGAUGAUGGCUCUUACAGCGAAGGCAAAUACGGCGACGACAACAACCAAUACAGCGGUAACUUUAACAACGGUAACAAUGGUAACAACUUCAACAAUGGCAACAGCUUCAACGGCAACUACAACAAUGGUAACAACCAUGGCAACGACGAAGACACCGUCGCCACCAACGCCGCCUUCAGAUCUUCAAGUUCCCGGGGCUUCGCUGGUGCUACGAAGGCUUACCUGCCCCCAGUCCAGUCCCCGAGGACCCAGGGCUUUGGUGCUCGCUCCAGACAACCAAGCUUCAAUGCUAGGGACGGAUACAAUUAUUAG